AAAACUAGUGGUCAAAGAGGAAAUAGGGGUACAACCAAACAAGUGGAUUUCUGGUUGAGACAGCGUCCACACAUUUGGACUUUGUACACAAGCCAAAUUUCAACAUUUCCAGACGCCUUUGGAAUUUUCUUAGAUUGAUGGUUAAAAUCGACCCAAAUAUAUAUUGUUUAUUAACCUAUUCAAACAACUUAUAUAUGUUUCAGUGUUAAAAUUAAAAAGUAAAACAGAGAAAAUAAUAUAAUAAUAUUUAAAUUAAAAGAGUAAUAAAUUAGAAUUAACGAUAAUAGUGUAGAUAAGGAAUUAAGAAUAUACUUGUAAAAAAACAAAAAAGCAAUCUCCUAGUCUUCAAUAGUGGCAGCACGCCGUCUGGAUUGAAGCAUCUGCUCUUUGGAUUCUCCGCUGGUCUUAACGUUGUCAUCCGUCAACCUUAUAAUCACCAUAAUCCUUAACUUAACUCUUCAUUGUCUGUCUGUCUGUCUGAAGCUUGUUGUUGUGAGCUGGGUCUUUAACCACAACGCUCCAGUGAUCAAGUCGCUUUUUUGGGACCAUAAGAGUGAUUUGGACAUGAGUGCAUAUAUUGUUGGAGUUUUGGCCCCUCUUCUACUCACUCUCGCCCUUCGGAAAUCUAACAAGGGAAAAAACCGAGGUUUGCCUGCUGAUGUCGGCGGGGACCCGGGGUAUGCUAUCAGAAACCACCGGUUUACGUCUCCGGUUGAAACAGCAUGGGAAGGGAUCAAGACUCUAGCAGAUCUGUUUGAGCAGGCAUGCAAUCAACAUGCUGACAAGAAUCUACUUGGAACGAGAAAAAUAAUCUCGAGGGAGAGCGAAGUAAAUCAAGACGGGAGGGCAUUUGAAAAGCUUCAUUUAGGUGAUUAUGAGUGGAUGACUUAUGGUCAAGUUUUUCAAGUUGUGUGUAGUUUUUCAUCCGGUUUGAUGCAAAUUGGGCAUAAAAGUGGUGAACGCGUUGCAAUCUUUGCAGAUACUCGUGAAGAAUGGUUUAUUGCGUUGCAGGCUUGUUUCAGGCAAAACGUCACUGUUGUCACCAUGUAUGCAUCUUUGGGUGAAGAAGCCAUUUGUCACUCAUUAAAUGAGACAGAGGUUACUACUGUAAUUUGUGGAAACAAAGAACUGAAAAAACUUAUCGAUAUAAGCGGACAAAUAGACACUGUAGAACGUGUUAUAUGCAUGGACGAUGAAAUAACUUCAAAUCCCGUAUUAACUGAGGGAAGCAACUGGAAAGUCUUUUCAUAUUCCGAAGUGAAAAAAAUUGGUAGAGAGAGCCCCGUUGAAGCAGAUCUACCGCUUCCUGCUGAUGUGGCAGUGGUUAUGUAUACAAGUGGGAGUACCGGCUUGCCUAAGGGUGUAAUGAUGACACACAGCAACGUUUUAGCGACAGUUUCUGCUGUGAUGACCAUUGUGCCCUGUCUUGGGGUCAAAGAUGUGUAUUUAGCCUACUUACCGCUAGCACAUAUUCUUGAACUUGCAGCGGAGAAUCUAAUUGCAGCUGUAGGAAGUUCAAUAGGUUAUGGAACCCCUUUAACUCUUACCGAUACGUCAAGUAAAAUUAAAAAGGGCACAAAGGGAGAUGCAUCGGCUCUAAGGCCGACUUUAAUGGCAUCUGUUCCCGCUAUUCUUGAUCGUGUCAGAGAUGGUGUGAGGAAAAAGGUGGAUUCAGCAGGUGGAUUAUCAAGGACGUUGUUUAAUUUAGCCUAUGAUCGCCGGUUGUCUGCUAUAAACGGAAGUUGGUUAGGGGCGUGGGGUUUAGAAAAGCGUUUAUGGGACUUUCUAGUGUUUAAAAAGGUUCGGGCCAUUUUGGGGGGUCGUAUCCGGUUCAUUUUGUCUGGUGGGGCCCCUUUGUCAGCUGAUACUCAAAGAUUUAUCAACAUUUGUCUUGGGGCACCAAUAGGCCAAGGUUAUGGUCUAACUGAGACAUGUGCUGGUGGGACGUUUUCUGAGUAUGAUGACCCAUCUGUUGGUCGUGUUGGUGCACCCCUGCCUUGCUCCUAUAUCAAGUUAAUAGAUUGGCCCGAAGGUGGUUACUUAACGAGUGAUUCACCUAUGCCGCGUGGAGAAAUAGUGAUUGGUGGGCCAAAUGUUACUCUUGGAUACUUUAAAAAUGACGAGAAGACAAAGGAAGUAUACAAAGUUGAUGAGAGAGGCUUGACGUGGUUCUACACGGGCGAUAUCGGGCAGUUCCAUAAAGAUGGCUGCCUUGAGAUAAUUGACCGUAAGAAGGAUAUAGUCAAACUUCAACACGGAGAAUACGUGUCUCUAGGAAAGGUUGAGGCCGCUUUGAGUGUUAGCCCUUAUGUUGAUAACAUAAUGGUGCACGCGAAUUCAUUCCACAGUUACUGUGUGGCUCUUGUGGUGGCUUCACAAUCUGCGGUUGAAUCUUGGGCUUUGCAGAAAGGUAUCGAAUUUGAUGAUUUCGCAAGUUUGUGUGAAAUGGAAGAAACCUUGAAGGAAGUUUACGCUUCCCUGCUAAAGGCUGCAAAAACAGGGCGAUUGGAGAAGUUUGAGAUUCCCGCAAAGAUCAAGUUGCUUUCGGAAGCAUGGACUCCUGAAUCUGGACUUGUUACCGCAGCACUAAAGCUCAAACGAGAGGUCAUCAGAAAGACGUUUUUAGAGGAGCUAGAAAAGUUCUACCAGUCUUGAUUGAUGGUUGGAUUUUGGCGUAUGUGCAUCUGGAAUAGUUAAUUGUACUGACUCAGUUUUGUUAAUUCCAUUAUGAAGUAAAGUGGUUAGAUAUAUUUGUGCAAAAGUCAUAAGAAUAUCAAUGCACUAAUAUAUCUGUUUGGUUUUGAUCAGUGUAAACAACUGUGUAGUUAGUUUAAUAUUGUUAUGAUGUUUAAGCCUA